AUGCGUAUUCGCCUACAGCCUCGCAGGAGACCACAAGGUAAGCGACCCCCAGGUAAGCUGAAUGUUCCUUUGUUGUCUUUGCCUGCUCACCGUCUCCAUUUCAGCAAUGAGCUAGCUCAACGGCUAGACAAUCUUCCUAUCGCUGCCGCCGCCGACGACGACGACGCCGCCGCCGCCGCCGCCGCUGCCGAGAACGCCUCCGUGGAGAACCGCUGGUGUCAACUGCGUGACACAGUCCAGUCGACGGCGCUCGCCGUCCUCGGUCGCGCUCCCCGCCAACACCAGGACUGGUUCGACGGCAACGACGCUGCCAUCAGAAAUCUGCUUUCCGAGAAGAACCGCCUACACAAAGCCUACGUAGAGCAGCCAACUGAGGGCAACAAAGUUGCCUUCUACCGCAGUCGCCGCCAGCUUCAGCAACGACUGCGCGAGAUGCAGGACGCCUGGACUGCUCGCAAAGCUGAGGAGAUCCAAGGCUACGCGGAUCGCAACGAAUGGAAGAACUUCUUCUCCGCUAUCAAAGCUGUCUACGGUCCGCCGACGAAGGGCACUGCUCCUCUCCUCAGCGCCGACGGCAGCACUCUCCUGACUGAGAAGACGCAAAUCCUGCAGCGAUGGGCUGAGCAUCUCCGAGGCGUCCUCAACCGCCCUUCCGUCAUCUCCGAAGCCGCCAUCGCCCGCUUGCCGCAAGUAGCGACCAACGCGGACCUCGACCUCCCGCCGUCUCUCCAGGAAACGAUCAGGGCCGUGCAGCAGCUCUCCAGCGGGAAAGCACCCGGAUCGGACGCAAUCCCUGCUGAGGUCUACAAGCACGGAGGUCCCCUACUGAUGGAUCACCUGACUGCGCUUUUCCAGGAGAUGCGGCGUCAAGGUGAAAUCCCGCAAGAUUUCAAGGACGCAACUAUCGUGCACCUAUACAAGUGCAAAGGGAAUCGCCAAGUCUGCGACAACCACCGCGGCAUCUCCCUACUGAACAUCGCCGGGAAGAUCUUCGCUCGCAUCCUGCUCAACCGCCUCAACAACCAUCUGGAACAGGGCCUUCUGCCGGAAAGCCAAUGCGGCUUCCGUCGUCAUCGUGGGACCACGGAUAUGAUCUUCGCAGCCCGCCAACUUCAGGAGAAGUGCCAGGAGAUGCGGACCCACCUGUACUCUACCUUCGUGGACCUGACGAAAGCCUUCGACACGGUGAAUCGUGAAGGACUGUGGAGGAUUAUGCGGAAAUUCGGCUGUCCGGAGCGAUUCACUCAGAUGGUGCGUCAGCUGCACGACGGUAUGAUGGCGCGAGUCACGGAUAACGGAGCUGUCUCAGAGGCAUUCGCAGUGACCAACGGAGUGAAGCAGGGCUGUGUGCUGGCGCCUACCCUCUUCAGUCUCAUGUUCUCUGCCAUGCUGAUGGACGCCUACCGCGACAAACGCCCUGGAAUCCGCAUCGCCUAUAGAACGGACGGUCAUCUCCUGAAUCGCCGGCGCAUGAACUUCCAAUCGCGUGUAUCCACAGCCACCGUGCACGAACUCCUCUUCGCCGACGACUGCGCCCUGAACACCACCUCAGAAGUGGAGAUGCAACGGAGCAUGGACCUAAUCUCCGCCGCCUGCGAGCACUUUGGGCUGGUUAUCAACACGCAGAAGACGGUGGUGAUGCAUCAGCCGCCUCCCAGCUCAGCCACAGCCCCCAACGCGCCGCAAAUCAACGUGAAUGGGACUCAACUGCAAGUGGUAGAGAACUUCCCGUACCUGGGCAGCACGCUCUCCCGCAACACCAAGAUCGACGACGAAGUCGCCAACAGGAUCUCGAAAGCCAGUCAAGCCUUCGGUCGCAUCCAAAGCACAGUUUGGAAUCGUCAUGGUCUCCAACUGAGCACAAAGCUGAAGAUGUAUAAGGCCGUCAUCCUGCCGACGCUACUGUACGGAGCGGAGACCUGGACGGUGCACACGAGGCAGGCACAUCGACUAAACCACUUCCACCUCAGCUGUCUCCGCCGCAUCCUGAGGCUGAACUGGCAGGACCGCAUCCCCGACACCGAAGUGCUUGAACGGACGGGAAUUCUGAGCAUCUACUCCAUGUUGAGACAAAUGCAGCUGCGCUGGAGCGGCCAUCUGGUGCGCAUGGACGACGAGCGACUACCCAAACGACUCUUCUACGGAGACGUCGCAACGGGUUCUCGUCGUCAAGGAGGCCAAAUUCGCCGUUACAAAGAUACUCUGAAUUUCUCCCUGAAGCGGCUGCACAUCGACCCGACCAAGUGGGAAGACCUCGCCCGCGAUCGUCCGACAUGGAGGAGAACAGUGAAGACGGGCGCUGCUAUCUACGAAGCCAACCGCAUCGCCGCCGCCAAAGUGAAACGCGAAGUCCGCAAAUCACAACUUCGCCCAAUACGCAACGCCGCCGCACAACCUCCCCCUACGUUUCCUCGAUGUCACCGGACAUUCCGGGCACGAAUCGGACUUGUUGGACAUCUUCGAACCAACUGCACCUCUCGAACUGCUCCAGCCAUCGUCCCAGCACCCGCCUCUUCCUCGUCCUCUCUUCCGCCAACUAACUCUGACACCCCUUCUGCACCACCACUUCCAUCCUCCUCCUUCUCCUCCACUGCCCCAGUGGUGGCCGUUCAGGCUGCCGUCUCACACAUCGCCAACCACGACACAGCAACCGCAACCACCCCCACCUGCCCUCACUGCGACCGCACCUUCACCUCUCGCAUCGGCCUGGUCGGUCACUUGCGAAUCCAUCGCACAGAGACUGGUGAACCAGUGCCUGGAGCACCAACCUACACCCACCGCACUCGCCUCCACUGCCCACAAUGCCCUCGCACCUUCCGGCAUCGCAUGGGCCUAUUCGGCCACAUGCGCAUCCACGAGAGCGGAAUUGGCCGCAGCCUUGACACACCCACCCCGCCGAGCCCCACUCCCAAUCCAUCACCUUGUGCACCCACUAACCACUCCCCAGCCGACAUCGACGCCACCGACCUUACCACCCCUCACUCCCCCCCUUCCUCCUCCACUUCCUCCUUCACUGCCCCAACGACGGCCACUCCGGCGUCUGUAGCGCACGACUUCACCACAGCCGCACCUGACACAACAACAGGCACAACCCCUGCAACCUCCAUCAACAGAUGUGAGGGCCCGCACUACAUCUGCCCUCACUGCGAUCGCACCUUCACUUCACGCAUCGGCCUGGUCGGUCACUUGCGAAUCCAUCGCACAGAGUCUGGCGAACCAGUGCCUGGAGCACCAACCUACACUCACCGCACUCGCCUCCACUGCCCACACUGCCCUCGCACCUUCACGCAUCGCAUGGGUCUAUUCGGCCACAUGCGCAUCCACGAGAGCGGCAUUGACCGCAAUUCCGAUACAGCCACGACAUCCAACACGCCCAGACCCAUCCUCGCCCCACCGUCACACGCGCCGACCACCACCACCGCCACCACCAACACCACUGCUUCCUCUACAGCUGACACCGACACCGCCGACCUCUCAUGCCCACAUUGUCCACGCACCUUCACUUCACGCAUCGGCCUGGUCGGUCACUUGCGAAUCCAUCGCACAGAGACUGGCGAACCAGUGCCUGGAGCACCAACCUACACCCACCGCACUCGCCUUCACUGCCCACACUGCCCUCGCACCUUCACGCAUCGCAUGGGUCUAGUCGGCCACAUGCGCAUCCACAACGACCUGCGGUAG